UUAUUUAUCAGUUCACACUCUGCACAUUCAUUCUUCUGCCAAUAUUCUCCGGCGAAGCUUUUAACUAUCCGGCCAUCACCGACGACUCAUCGUAUUUCAACUCAGCAUAUUCUUCAUUGUAACCUCCUGCGAACAGCCUACAACUCAACCAGACUGGAAGUUUAGAACCCAAGAAGCAUAAAUAUAUCAUCAUGACUAGAUCCCAUUCACACAAAGGGAAAUCUGGAAUUACUAAUGACUUAAUGCAGCAUGAUUUCUUGGAGGGAACUUCAGCGCGGACGAGGCCAUAUAGUUUUGAUGAUAUAAUGCUUACUAGAAAAAACAGGGGUGACGCAAAUAAGCAAGUAGCAAGUGGCCCUGGGGUGGCUGAUAUUGCACACGACGAAAAGCCUCUCAAUUCUCCUGAAUGUCAUAGGCAAAUAAAUGAGGAUUAUGGGUCUAUGGAUAUAAGGCAUAACUCAAACGACCCUCAGAAGGUAAGUUCUCGGAGAAAAGGGGAUAUUAAUGCUUCUAAAAAGCACGAAAAGUUAAUCCAGGAUAAAGAUAAGGGAUCGCGGAAUCCUGGUGUCAAAUUGAAGAGUGUAGUGGCAAAGAAUGUAAGCAGCAAUAGAUUGACAGAAGGUAAAGAUGAGAGACAUCAUCAAAGCAACAGAAACAAAGAUGGUCCUUUGAGUGAUGAUUCUGAUAAUGGAUCUGAUAAGAGACCAGCCAGAGAUUCUGCUAAAAAGGAUGGCGUUUAUGAGAGAAGCAGAGAAAAAUCCAAAACAGAUAGAAAACAACUUCAUAAUGAGGACAAACAGGUUUCCAGGAAGAGGAAAACUGAUGGGCGGAUGAGCAGUGAUUCUGAGAAUGAGUACAAGAGAAGAAAUGCAAGAGUUGUGAUGCAUACAGAUAAAUUAACUGAUCGGGGUAGAGACAAACCCGAAAAAGAAAAUAGACACAAACAUCAUAAUGAAGAAGAUAAAACUAGAGGCAGGCGUACUGGUAAAAAACAUGAUUCAGACAAAAAAGAACAGGAAUCUGCACGAGGCUAUCUUGAAGAAUCCAGGUCAAAGAGGAGGAGAUCACGAAGCAGAGAGCACGCAAAAGAGAGAGGUAAAAGGUCUCUUUCAAACUCACCAAAGGCCCAUAAGCCAACAACUAAAGACAAAAGGGAGCAUGGAGAACUAUUAUCACAUUCUAUGAAAGACAGAGCAGGAAGAGAACAUUCUGAUGUUGACAAGAAGAGGAUUUCAAGUAAUGGAUCUAGUCAGUACAGGCGAAAUACCGGCUCUUCAAGUGGUCUUGGGGGCUAUUCACCUCGAAAGAGGAAAACUGAUGCUGCUGCUAAAACUCCUUCCCCAACGCGUCGUUCUCCAGAGAGGAGAACAGCUGGAUGGGAUUUACAGCCUGUUGAAAAAGAGAGCACCAGUGUUGGUCCAACUCUUUCAAAUGUGCCUGCUACAAGCCAAAGUUUGUCGGUGAACAUAAAGGAGUUCCCUAGUGGGGCUCCAUUGACCCCUACUGUGGUGAAGCCUUCUGCAAUUUCUCAUCAUACCUUAUCUUCACAGAUGCAUGCCAUUGAGUCCAUUCAGCUUACUCAAGCAACACGACCUAUGAGGAGGCUUUAUGUUGAAAACUUGCCUGCCUCAGCCUCUGAGAAAGAUUUAAUAGAACGUAUUAAUAACUUUUUGCUGUCUUCUGGUGUUAACUACAUUCAUGGAACCCAACCCUGUAUCAGCUGUAUAAUACACAAGGAGAAGGGCCAAGCACUUUUGGAAUUUUUGACCCCUGAGGAUGCUUCUGCUGCCCUUUCUUUUGAUGGAAUAUCCUUUUCUGGGUCCAACCUUAAACUCAGGCGCCCUAAGGACUAUUCUAAUGUAACUACUGGUCUUCCUGACAAAUCGGUGGUUGCUGUUGAUUCAAUUAGUGGCAAUGUAGUGGAUUCGCCCCACAAGAUCUUCAUUGCCGGAAUUUCAAAACAUAUAUCUUCUAAAAUGCUUAUGGAGAUUGCUAGAGCCUUUGGUCCUGUGAAGGCAUUCCACAUUGAAUUUAUUGCUGAUAUUAAUGAACCAUGUGCUUUUCUUGAGUAUGCUGACCACUCAGUUACUUCAAAGGCGUGUGCUGGACUCAAUGGUAUGAGGUUGGGCGGAAAAAUUGUAACUGCUGUAUUUGCUACUCCAGAGGCUGAAGUGGAACAUGUUGGGAAACUGCCAUUUUAUGGAAUUCCUGAGCAUGCGAAGCCACUGCUUGAGAAGCCCACAGCUGUGUUAAAGCUAAAGAAUGUGUUGGAUAUGGAAGCACUCUUGUCAUUUUCUGAAUCAGAACUGGAAGAGAUAUUGGAAGAUAUAAGGCUGGAGUGUUCCAGGUUUGGUACGGUGAAAUCUGUUAAUGUUGCGAAGCCAUCAAACGCUUUUGGCAACAUAGAAGCAUAUGAAGUAAAGAACAAAAAUGCUUCUACUGAUGGCCGCCACUUGGAAUCUGAGAAUAAGAACUAUAUGACAGAACGAUUAGGUGAAAGCAUCAAUGAUCUUGAAGAACAUGACAGAUCGGAGCCUCUGGGAGUUCUGAAUGAAUUGGAGAGUAAUGAUCAAACUGUGGAAAGUACGAGUGGUGGUGAUAAUAGUGCUGGCAUAUCUAAGCUGCUUGGCAAGUCCGUGGAACCUGACGACAUUGUUGUUUCCAAGGUGGUUGUUGAAAGCUUAUCUGAUCAGACAGUUGUUGACAAACUUGUGAAAGAUGAAAUAUGUACACCACCGUCAAAUGAUGGAAAUAUUUCUGUCAAAGAGCCUUCCAGCCAGGAAAAUUCUGGUAGCUUCACUGGAGAAUCAGCAAACCUACAGAAUUCUUCAGUUAAUGAGUUGGAAAGCAAUGAUAAGGUUGCUGAUUCAAUUUCAGUAAGGAAGAUUGAGAUGGAAGACAAGCCAUUUGUUGAGGACGAGCCGAAACUUGAAGAAAAUAAUGCGAAGAAUGUUAGUUCUGUUGAAUUGGACACUAAUGAGAGAAAAGAGUUAAAUGGUCCUGAUGGAGACAAUAAAAAGGAUAUUUCAAUUGAUCUUAACAAUGUUUUUGAGGCUGGCUCCAUUUUUGUAGAAUAUAGGAGAGCUGAAGCUGCUUGUAUGGCAGCACAUUGUUUGCAUGGACGUCUAUUUGAUGGUCGAGUUGUGACAGUGGGAUAUGUUGGUCAUGAUCUUUAUCAGAAGAGGUUUCGCAGAUCAGAGAAAUGAGAAAUUGUUAAAUAAUAUGUUUCAGCAUUUACUAAUUGGCGAUGGCAGAGUGCAUACCGACUUAGUAGUAGACUUUUCAAUAGAUAAUGUGUUGUUUCAAGCUUGAAAGUUGAACCAUAUUUGGGCGUCUCAACACUUUGCCUGUGCUAGAGUAGUUUAGUAUGGUACGUGUAGAAACUCUUUUAUAGGUAGGAUUUUUUGUAAACCAAGUAUGAUGAGUUAAUUUGGUUAACCCGUACGCUUAAUUUUUAAUUUCAUUAGUGGUUUUUGACUAUUAGAGUUGUAGCAUCCGAACAAUGUAUUUUGUAAUUUCAUUUGUUCUAACACUUUCAAACAGUUUUACGUAUUUCUGAGUUA